AUGGUCGUAGACGAGAACACCGUGAUGGUCACCAGCCCGAUCGCCUUCAAGUCGAAGUACGGCCAGGUCCACGGCGAAGUUCACUCGGAAAUGUGGGUCCGGGCCGAGGACAAGAUGACCUGGAAGAUUCGUAGUGCAAUGGUCUCCUUGCAGGACCUGGGGCACUCCGAGGCCAGCACGCCUACAGCGCAGCCAGCAGCACCGCCUGCGGCGCAGCCAGCGGCGCAGCCGGAGAAGCAGCGAGAAGCGCCUGCGACCGGGACACCACCGGCCACGCCGGCGCCCAAAGAAAGCAGGCCAAAGGACACGGUCCUCUCGGGCGACGUCAACAGCACUAUGGGCGCCAGCGGGCCUUCCGGCACAGAGCAAGUUGCCCGAGGCCAUUCUACGUUCCUCGCGGGACUGGGCGUCCUGGCGGCAGUGUCUGUGGGUGCGGUCUUGGUGCGGAGGGCGCAGAACCGGAGGGCCGCGGCCAUCAGCGGCUUCGAGUCGAUGCUUGGCUGA